GAUCACAUACUAGAUCGAGUCCACCAUGUUCGCGUUCCUGCAGACGUGGCUUUCGUGGUUAUGGCUCCAGCUGCAGAAUGUUAUCCUUGCCGUCCUCGCUGCAGGUCCCAUUCCACGCCAUAUCGCAUUCGUGAUGGAUGGAAACAGACGCUAUGCUAGGCAGAAGGGUUACAAGGUUCAGGUUGGACACGCUGAGGGCUUUACUACUCUACAAAAAAUUCUCGGAAUAUGUUUAAAGCUCAAUGUUCGCUGCGUAAGCGUAUAUGCAUUUGCCAUAAACAACUUUAAGCGUCCCAAGGAAGAAGUAGACGCGCUAAUGGCUUUGGCGGAGGAAAAACUUGUAAAAAUAUGUGAACAUGGAGAGCUGUUGGAUGAAUACGGCGUACGGCUUAACGUACUGGGUGAUACAGCCCUUUUGCCUGCUCAUGUACAGGACAUCGUAACGAAGGCGGAGAAUAUGACGCGACAAAACGACAAAGCAAUUCUAAAUAUCCACAUGCCAUAUGCCUCGCGGCACGAGAUAACAAUGGCAGUACAGGCAGCUGUUAACAAAUCGCUGGACGCUGGUGAAGGUGAUGACCCCCAAAUCACCGAACAGGACAUUGAGGAUCAGUUAAUGACAUCUCGCGUGGGUAGUCCUCCUUUGGACAUCCUAGUUAGAACGAGUGGUGUCAAGAGACUGAGUGACUACCUACUGUGGCAGUGCUGCGAAAAUACACAAAUACACUUCGUAGACACAUAUUGGCCUGACUUUGGUUUGUGGGAUUUCAUUCCUAUUUUACUUGAAUUCCAGCAAAAAAUAUGGGCUCAAGAACGGACAACGAAAAAAAAGCUAUAGUUCUUUAUAAUUCUCUCUGUACACUCUUUAACCUUAUCACCCCACCUCAAUUGCAUUGGGACACGCUCCGGCACAGCUGCUCAUUUCAAGAACUAUAGUGAUAAUUAACAAUAGCAUAUAUACGUAGUUUUAGACAUUCUAUAGAGGUACAUAAACUGAAAAACACUGUUCACAGGCACGCAAAAAAAAAACAUUUUCUACUCU